AUGGUAGACAUAUCGCCCGAUGAUAUAGCUUCAGCUGUUGCAGGACUCUACACGUCUUUCAAGGGCAUCAAACCUCCUGCUGGGCAAUGCACCGUCCUAGCCUCGUUCGCGCUGUCCAGUGCAGAAACCGUCAAAAUCAUAUCCAUCGGCAGCGGAUCUAAAUGUCUACCUACAAACCGAUUCCCCAGAGAGGGGGACGCCCUGCAUGACAGCCAUGCUGAGGUCCUGGCCCGAAGAGGUGCUGUGCGCUGGUUUCUUGAAGAAAUUUUGCGUGUCACCGCGAAAUUAACCUCUAAGUACGAGUCGCCAUGGAUCUACAAGGCGAAGAACGGAAAGUUUGGCCUACGUGAAGGUAUCCGCGUACACUUGUAUACUUCCACCGUUCCUUGCGGCGAUGCGUCCACUCAAUUCCUGGCUUCAUCCCAAGAUGAAAAAAUGGCUACGCUCAAAAAUUCUGCUCAAUUUCCAGAGCUUCCACCUAAUACCGCUUCCCGGGGUCGCGAUAAUUACUCCCUCUUUGGUGUCCUACGCACGAAACCAGGGCGCGCCGACUCUCUGCCAACAACAUGCAUGUCCUGCAGUGACAAGAUUGCGCGAUGGAACGUCUUGGGUUUCCAGGGUGCACUGGCGUCAUAUUUUCUGAAUCCACUUUACAUUUCAUACAUCGUUAUUGGUGAAGUCGAGCCUAGCCUGCAGAAGAUGGUCAAGAACGACUGUGAGCGGGCGUUUUGGGGUAGACUCGGCACGCAUGAUUUAUUGCGACUCCCGUUUGGUUAUAGAUUGAAUGAACCCACUGUCGAGUUCACUUCCGUACCAUUCAUUCAUUCUAGAAUGAUGCUUGGCGUGUCGAAGUCAUGCAAUGAUUCAUUGUGCUGGACAGCUGCUUCCGCUACCGGCCCCGAGGUGCUCAUAAACGGCAUAAGGCGUGGUGUACCUCCGAAGCAUCACCACAACGCAAAAUUCAGACCACGUUUAUGCAAGCUGUCGUUAUUAGAACUGUACCUCGAGGUGGCCAAGAACCUUACGCGUCCCGUGCAGUUACAACUAACUUACAAUGAGUUGAAGAUGGCAUCAACUGACUAUCAAAUGGGUAAAUCUGUAUUGCAUGAUAGCAACGGCCCCUUUGCUGGGUGGAUCAUGAGCGGCAGCCACUGGGAAAACUUCACAGCUUACCCCCAGAACCGGUCUCCGUUAUUGGAGAGUGACGACGUGCAUCACCAGUCAGACGAUCUCCCGAGCACCAGCGUGGACAUAUGGAAAGCUGAAUCAUGA